AUGAAUCCGCAGUGCCCGCCGAAGCCACAGUUGAAAUUAGCCGAGGUCGACGACUUCGGCCGACGCAUCAUCCUCCAGUCGGUGCUCAAGGCCGACCUCCUCUACUGCACCGAGGACGAGAUGGCCAAGAGCAUCCGCAUCGACUUGAACAACAAGUUGGGCGGCCACUGGCACGUCAUUGUUGGCCGACACUUCGCAAGCUACUUCACCUACACUCCGGGAUACUUGGCCCAUGUGAUUCAGGGGAACAUGCAAUUCCUCGUGUACCAGUACCUGGAGAACAAGUAA